UUCUCUUCUCGCUUUCUCCUUUUCCUUUGUAGCAUUCAUAAAGUAAGCCUACGCAUAAAGCCACCCCACAAACGAACCAAAACAUUCUUUCUUGCACUAAGGAGCAGUUGCAGACAAAUUGACAAGGACAAUAUUGGACUUAUAAUUGUGAGAGUAGUCAUGGAGGGGAUGGCUCCCAAUUCAUGUGCAAGGCCAGUUGUAGAGAAGAAAGCAAGGCCACAAGAGCAACUGAAUUGUCCAAGGUGCAAUUCAACCAAUACAAAGUUCUGCUACUACAACAACUACAGCCUCACACAGCCAAGAUACUUCUGCAAGACUUGUAGAAGGUAUUGGACAGAAGGAGGGUCUCUGAGAAACGUUCCAGUUGGAGGUGGUUCAAGAAAGAACAAGAAGGUCUCUGUGACAGCUUCAUCAUCACCAAAGGUUCCAGACCUAAACCCACCAAACCACUCAGCUAUCUCAUCACACAACCCUAAAAUAAUGCAUGGUGGCCAAGAUCUCAAUCUUGCUUUCCCAGCCAUGGAAAAGUACCAUCAUCAUGGCAUGUCACCUUAUAACGUUGAGAUGCAAAACAGUAACACCACCACUACUCAUCAUCAUCACCAAACCUCUCCUUCUUGUUCUGCUCCUCCAGCUAAUUCUCUUUCAGCUCUUGAGCUACUUAGGUCCAGCAUGGCAUCUAGGGGUUUGAACCCUUAUGCUCCUAAUUCUUCCUUGAUGCCAAACUCAACAAACAACAACAACAAUGCCCUUUACCCAUCAGGGUUUCCCAUGCAAGAAGUUAAACCUAGUCUUAACUUUUCUUCAGUUGAUGGGAUCGGAAAUAAUAGAUCAUAUGAUCAAGAGAGGGGUGGUGGCAGAGUUUUGUUCCCUUUUGGAGACGUCAAACAGCUUUCUGCUGCUGCAGGUGCUGCUGAUCAAGUGGAACAACAACAACAAGGAAAUUCAACUGGUUAUUGGACUGGAAUGAUUGGUGAAGGAACAUGGUAAGAAAGAAAAAAAAAAGGGAGGACAAAGGAAAAUUAAGAGAACAUGCAUUAAUAACAUUAUAUUUAUAUAUCUUUUUUUUUUAUUUUGGUCUUCCCUUUUUUUUUCUCUUUCCACAAUAUGGAUAUCAUUUGGCAGCUGAAGUUGUUCAGGAACUAACAAUAGGACACACAUGGUUAAUUAUUUCUUUGUUUUGUACACACCUCCUUUGUUUUAUUUGAGAGAACGUAAGAGGAUUUUACUUCUCGUCUCCGUUGUUUUCAAUUUUUAUAUAUAGAUAGACAUAGAAGGGGUGAAUACUGGACCUGUUUUUGUCCAUGGCACAUGCAAUUCCUGUAUUCAUUGAAUUCUAUGAGAAUUAAUUAGCAGAUCUUCUUCAUUUGUACGUAUGAAUUUUCAAAUGUUUGGUUCAAAUUAAGGACUUUUGGAGUGAUGAAGGAGAGAAUUAAUUAGGUUUUCCAAGUUUGUAAGUGUAACCAUAAUUAUAAAUUUUGGUUGAGUUGCUUUGUGCUCU